AAUGGGAGUUAAGGAAAGACUUUGUAUGAAUCGAUCUUCGAGAGAAGAACGGCAAAGUAAUUGCGAGGAGACCCAAAACAUCAAUCAGGAAAAUGUAGUAAACGAGGAGCCUGCUGAACCUGGACGAAUUAAAUGGUCGUCGCCAACAGAAUUUAUGUUAACUUGCAUUGGUUACAGCGUUGGUCUUGGAAAUGUAUGGAGGUUUCCUUACUUAUGCUAUAAAUCUGGAGGAGGAGCCUUCCUUAUUCCGUAUAUGAUCAUGAUGGCUCUUAUUGGUUGUCCAGGAUUAUUCUUGGAAUAUUCAUUUGGUCAAUUUUGGGGAAUUGGCGGAUUAACUAUAUUCAAAAAAGUUUGCCCUUUAUUUCAAGGUGGGUUUCUAAUAAUUUUUCUACAACAGCCUAUUCAAUUUUGUCCAUGUGACGACACUUCACCAUAGGCCUUUAACUUUUUCAAAUAAGCAUUUCGAGUAUUUCUACCCAUUUACCAUAAAAUCUAUAUUAAGCAUUUUUGAGGUGAAAACUAUUGUAAAGCCUUUAUGAAUGAAUAUAUCUUUCGCAGCUAACAAGUAUAGCAUACGUGAGGUCAAUGUCAGUAGAGCGUAAUUCCUUAUUUGAAUUGAAUGGAACUGUCUGAUUUUGGCAAAAGCAAAUAAUUCAAUUAGUUUCUCCCUUUCAAAAGCUGAGAUUUGUCUCAUUUUAGUAAAAGAAUUCAAUUAAUAUUUCUCUGAUUCGUAAGCACAAGACUGAAACAUGAUACGAAUAAUUACGAAAGGUUUUCCUCUCUUUGUUUACAUUAGCGGAAGACGACACACGAAUAUAUGAAUGAUUAUACGUCGUCCAUUUUGACAAAUAAGUUGAUUCACUUCCUUCUCUAGUCACGGGAAAAACAACAGUUAAAAGACUUCUUUACAUUUCUUUUGAACUUGUAAAUUAUAUCAUAAAAAGUUCAUUUCAAUUUAAACAUUGAAAAUAUGUCUGAAAUUAUAUCAAUGGAACGCUAAGGAUUAUGCUGUUUUCAAUUUUGCACUGUUACUACAACAUUGAUUUAUGUAGGUCAAAAGCCUUAUUCUCUUUAUAAAAUGCACACCUCCCCUCUCGUAUGCUUUAAAAGCUUAAAAUAUUCUUCUGAAGAUCUUAAAGUGUCAUCAAACAUAUUUUUUUUCGUCUAAUCCUAGCUAUAUCCUUUUUUUUAUUUAAAUAAUAACAGUAGAUGUAUUAAUUUACAAAACCAAAAUUACACUGUUUUAUUGAGGCGGCUAAGUUCAAUCAUUUCAUCCGGUUUUAAUUUACCAUUGUUAAAACAUGCCAUUAAGUAUAAUCCUAUAAAUAUUCGUUUUAACAGAUUAUUUCCGUUUUCCAAGAUUAUUUCUGCUUUGACCUUAAAACUGCG